AUGGCGAGAAUCAUCCAGAAAGCGAUAUCCCGGUGUUACUGGCGUAUUCGAGGAGGACUGCUCGUAGAAAUUAACAGCAGAAGUACCAAUAUCAGCCAUAGUAGUAGCAGUUUAAUUUAUCAAAUUCGGACUCCAACUCGUGACUUCUCUUCUUCUUCUACCGGUAAGAAAGGACCGUCUGGAUCUGAUAAAAUCACAGGUACCGGUGAGGAAGCUGCUGAACAUCUUCUUAAAAAGGUUGUGGAGACACCAAGUGAGUUUCCUUUCAAAAUUGAAGAUAAACCAUGGGAGCAAACCAUAACAUUGAUUGGAGACUACGGCGGUGAUGAGAUCAAAGUCAUAGUUCACAUGACUACAGAUCAUUCCUCUACUAUCGAGGAAACCGGUGAUGACCAGAAUCAUGUCCAAAACAAGGAUAGCGCUAGUGAUCCACAGUCCAGCAUUCGCUUAGUUGUAACUCAAACGAAUUUUCUCGGGACUACUUUGGAGUACGGUGUCAUUGCUUAUCCAGAUGACUUUUCGAUAGACAGUUUCUAUGUCAAGUAUGCAAGGAUUCCAGAAGAAAAUAUCUAUUACAGAGGACCUGACUACGCGAAAUUGGAUAACAACUUGCGGAGAGAAUUUCAUAGACGUUUGAAGAUCAGAGGAAUCAUACCCAGUACCACCAGAUUCUUACAUGAGUACAUGGCUAACAGAGACAUCUUCUCAUCAGAUUCAUCCAACUCUCCUACCCCUACUCCUACUCGUGAUGAGUCUACUCCUGAAUCUGUAGAAACAACAGUGUUUAAUGAUGAAGGAUUUCCUGUCGACCCUGACAUAGGUAAUACUGUUUGA